CCACCCAAUCCUCCUCCCUCCCUCCCGCUCGCUGCUCGCCGUGCUCGCGCUCCGGCCGCCGGCUCCUCGCGCUCGCGGCGGCCGGUCGAUCUGCCCGUCGACACCCGUCCAUCCGACUCCUUUCCUGCGCCGCCGAGCUCCGUCUCCCGCGACCGCGAGCGCUGACCGCCGCGCCGACUUCCCGCCGACCACCGGGGGGAGAGGGGCGGGCUAGAGAUGAGCCUCGGCCUGCUGCCGGGCAGGGCGUAUCCCCUCGUGUCUCCCCGCCGCACCCCGCUCCCUAACAGGUCCCAGCUGAGGCUGAGCACCGUCAGCUGCGCCGCCAUGAAGUCCUACAGGCUGUCGGAGCUCAGUGACGCCGAGCUCAGCGGCCUCAAGGCGCGCCCUCGCAUCGACUUCUCCUCCAUUUUCGGCACGGUGAAUCCGAUUGUUGAAGACGUGCGCGUGCGAGGUGACGCUGCGGUUAAGGAUUAUACAGUGAAGUUCGACAAGGUUGCGCUCGAUGAUGUGAUUGUGCGUGUUAGCGAUCUUCCGGAUGUCGAGCUUGAUCCAGUUGUGAAGGAAGCCUUUGAUGUGGCGUAUGACAAUAUAUAUGCCUUCCAUGUUUCGCAAAAGUUGCCUGAGAAGACCGUUGAGAAUAUGACAGGAGUGAGAUGUAAAAGAAUAACAAGAUGCAUUGGUUCAGUUGGGCUUUAUGUACCAGGUGGCACUGCAGUUUUGCCUUCCACUGCACUGAUGCUUGCUGUGCCUGCACAGAUUGCUGGUUGUAAAACUGUUGUUCUUGCCACACCUCCUAGUCGUGAUGGUAGCAUAUGUAAGGAGGUUCUUUACUGUGCUAAAAAAGCUGGUGUCACACAUAUAUUGAAAGCUGGAGGAGCUCAGGCAAUCUCAGCCAUGGCAUGGGGAACAGUAUCAUGCCCAAAGGUUGAAAAAAUAUUUGGACCUGGUAACCAGUAUGUCACAGCUGCAAAAAUGAUUCUUCAGAACAGUGAAGCCAUGGUUUCAAUAGAUAUGCCUGCUGGCCCUUCAGAAGUUUUAGUGAUUGCUGAUAAAUAUGCAAACCCAGUUCACGUUGCUGCUGAUCUGCUGUCUCAGGCAGAACAUGGUCCAGACAGCCAGGUGGUUCUAGUUAUUGCAGGAGAAGGUGUUGAUUUGGGUGCUAUCGAGGCAGAAGUUAGCAGGCAGUGCUCUGCUCUUCCUAGAGGAGAAUUCGCUUCAAAAGCCCUUGGUCACAGUUUCACUGUUUUUGCCAAAGACAUGGUUGAAGCAAUUUCAUUCUCAAAUAUGUAUGCUCCUGAGCAUUUGAUCAUUAAUGUGAAGGAUGCUGAGCAAUGGGAGGACCUCGUGGAGAAUGCAGGGUCGGUUUUCUUGGGACAGUGGACCCCGGAGAGCGUGGGUGACUAUGCAAGCGGGACGAACCACGUCCUUCCAACCUACGGUUACGCAAGGAUGUACAGCGGCGUGUCACUGAACUCAUUCCUCAAGUACAUCACUGUCCAGUCAUUAUCAGAGGAAGGGCUGCGAAGGCUGGGCCCGCAUGUCGCAAAGAUGGCGGAAGUCGAAGGGCUAGAGGCUCACAGAAGAGCUGUUACCCUCAGGCUGCAGGACAUCGAGGCCACUGUAACUGUGUAGCUGGGUCACCAUGAUCAUUUGUUUUUUUAACAGUCAAUCUGAUGGACAAAAAUAAUCUGUUGACACUGAGGAGGUGGGUGAUACAGCUGUUGCUCGAAAAUAAUGGUCAUCCAUUUUGACACAUCUAUGAAUACAAUGUUUGUUCGAUCACGCA